AUGAACUUACGAGAACCACUUUUACGUGGUAUCUAUGGCUAUGGUCUCGAACAUCCUACGGAUGUUCAACAACGUUCUCUUAAACCGUGUAUUUCGGGUUACGAUGUGAUUAUGCAAGCACAAUCAGGCACAGGUAAAACAAUAACCUUCAUCAUUGCAGUCUUACAACAACUCAACGUAAAUUGCAAAGACUGUCAAGCAUUAAUUCUGGUACCAACGUAUGAACUAGCUCAAGGGAUCCAUAGAAUAGUUUUAGUAGUAGGUGAACAUAUGAAGGUGACAUGUUAUGCUUGUAUUGGUGGUACGAAUCCUCGUGAGGAUAUGAACCGGCUUGAAGCAGGUAUCCAAGUUGUUGUUGGUACACCUGGUCGAACCUAUGAUAUAUUAAAGAGAUCGGCACUUCGUAGUGAAAAUAUCAAAAUGGUCGUAUUGUAUGAAGCUGAUGAGCUUUUAUCUCGUGGUUUUAAGGAGCAAAUUUAUGAUGUCUUUACGACGCUACCAGAAAAUGUUCAGAUCAUUGUUGCAUCGGUUACAAUGCCCUGCGAUUUACUCGAAACCACAGCUAAAUUUAUGCAUGAUCCUAUAAAAGUUAUCAUCAAGAGAGAAGAACGAACGCUCGAAGGUAUUCGUCAAUUUUACGUGAAUGUCGAACGUGAGGAGUGGAAAUUAGAUACGUUAUACGAUUUGUUCGAUACAUUAACGAUUACACAAGCUGUUAUCUUUUGUAACACAUAUCAAAAGAUUGAUUGGUUAACUGAAAAACUACGUGCACGUAAUUUUACUGUAUCUGUUCUGCAUCUAAAUAUGGAUGUAAAACAACGCUAUGAUGCCAUAAAAGAAUUUCGAAUGGGUUCCAGUCGAAUCUUGGUAAGAACAGAUACGCUUGAAAGUAAUAGUGAUAUUCCACAAGUUAAUCUUGUUAUCAAUUAUAAUCUACCGACUAAUCGUGAGAGCUAUAUUCAUCGUAUUGGGCGUAGUGGUGCAUUCGGUCGAAAAGGUAUGGUUAUCAAUUUCAUUACCAAUGAUGAACGACAAACAUUACACAAUAUUGAACAAUAUUAUAAUACAAAAAUCGAAGAACUGCCCAUGGACAUUGCCGAUUUGAUUUAA